AUGAUUCCAUCCACCGUUACAUCCCACUCGGCUACCCUCAAUGUUCCACCCAAACCAAGCAUCCCACUUGCAGCUCAAGUUUCUAAGAAACUCUUAGCUCCCUCCGCACCCCGUCCUCAAACCACUCCCCAACUUGUGGAUGCACUUGUCGCUAGAAUUGUUGAUUACAUGCUCUUCAGCAAGGAUGAUCUGUUCGAAACUUCUGGGCGAGCGUUUCUUACGGAACGAGUCCGUUGGCAUGUGGAUCGUAACAUUCAGAUUCAGCUGGCCUUGCCUGCGUUUCCAUUCAAAAGCCCCAGCAAGGAUAAAGUCCUUGGUACUCUUCCUGAUAUGGCAGAAGAGAUCGUUCUCCGCAGAUUGGAAGACCUUUGCCGAUCGCUUGAAGAUCUAUAUCCACCUGGUGCACAGCUCCACAUCGUAUCGGACGGCAUUGUAUAUGGAGAACUCCUAAGGGUCCCAGAAACGACUGUCUAUCAAUAUAAUGCUGCGCUACGUUCGCUUGUCUCUUCUCUUGCUCUCACGCACAUCUCCUUCGUCCGUGUGCGCGAUCUACUUCAAGAGGGUUUCAAUGCAACUACAUAUUCUCGCCAUGACAUUCCCGAGGAGGAGUACGUCCUCUCUUCUCGCGCAACCCGCGAGGCUUUCCUCGCAACCGAAAUCGGCAGUUAUGACGUCCAGAAACAGAUUAGCAAUGAUGAAGGCGCGUUAAGGACCUAUCGAGGAUACUUAAAAUUUCUGAAGGCGGAUUUGAGUGGGGUUCAUUUGCAUUGCGAUAAGGCUGACUGCAAAAAGACCCUCUCUAAGCGAGGGCAGGAGUGUGCAAUCAGUGCCAUCGCUAAGGCAAUGAUGCGGAAUGGCGCCCUGUUUUCCGCUAUUGUUGCGAAGGCUUUCCCCGAUGCCGUUCGACUCAGCAUUCAUCCUCACCAAAAUGCUGGUCCUAAGUUCGCCCUCAAAGUUUUCCCGAAUGUUGAUCUCGUUUGCACUCCGUGGCACAAUGUUGUGGUCGAAAACGCAGAUGGCUCCAUCACUAUUGCGCAUCGGCACACAGUCGAUACUUCAAAGUGUGCUCUUAUCUACCGGCAUGGUCGCCCCUAUCAUUUCCGUGAGAUUGACGAUGACAUGGACUGGGGGAGUUCGAAUAUUUCUUUCGAAAAGCUGCAUCCAUUUGGGAUGAAGGUCAUUGCGACUGAAGUUGAUGGAAAGAAGUGGCGAUGGAAAGACGUCCCCAUGGCCAAAGUCAGGAGGCUUACAGGGAAGCAUUCACUUUUGAUAUUCAAGGGUUUUGAGGGCGUUGAUAAAACCGACUACACUGUGAAAGCGAGGGAGAUGGGGGAGAUAGCGCCCUGGGUUUUUGGCGAAGUUCUCGAAGUGAAGGAAAAUCCUAAUUUCGAUUUGAACAACGUUCUCACAUCGGAGGCGAUGCCAAUGCAUUUUGACGGCAUUUUCAAGACGAAGCGGCUUGCUGAUGGAACUGUUGUUCCGGAUCCUCCAACCUUCCAAAUGUUCCAAUGUCUCGAGGCACCCCUAUCAUACACUGGGGCCAAGGACUCACCCUUGGAUAUUGGUGGCCGCACCCUGUUCGCUAAUACGGCGAACAUCUUUGCCGAAUCACUUUCCCACUCACCAUAUGCAGCUGAUGUGAAGAGCCGUAUGUGGACCAUAUUUACGCCUCCCAAUAAGAAUUAUGGUGGAGACGAGAUCAAGGUGCCAUUGCUGCAGAAAAACCCCUUGACGGGUCAUCAGGUCUUGUCGUGGCAUGAACCAUGGCGAGUAUAUCUUAUUAGCGUCACUCUUCACCUCGCACUGGCGGCUGUGAACAUCAUUGGUGUAUCACCCGAGCGCUCCACGGAAAUUAGCAACCGUGUCACUGAGCUGUUAUAUGACCGCCGAUAUUGCUACGAGCAUACGUGGGAGCGAGGCGAUUUUCUAAUUGCUGACAAUGUUGAGCUGAUACACGCUCGCACUGCUUUCAAGCCUGGCAAGCGAGAGCUAUGGAGAAUCCAUGUUAAUUAA